CCUGUGACGUAGCUGUGUGCAACGAGCGCGCGCCGGCGUUUGGCAGCGGAGCAGGCUUCGUUCCCCGCGGCGUGAGCUAGGGGAAGAGGAGACCCGGGAGCGCACAUGGGACAGGGUCCGCGCUCCGCUCACCGGGCCGGGCGCCGGGGCCCAGGGGGCGGCAAGCAGGGGCGCGCGGCCAAGGGCCCGGGGCGACCCCCUCCGGGCCGCGAUCGUCGCCCCCGGCCGCCCUCGGAGCGGCGUGCGGAGCCGGCCCCCGAUGCCCUCCCGCACCUGAGCCCCGAGGCCCUCGGGUAUUUCCGACGGGCGCUGUCGGCGCUGAAGGAGGCCCCCGGGACCGGGGAAGACCGAGACUUGAUGGCGCGCAAUAUUUUGAAGGAAGUGGAGGCUCAAGUCCUCGCUUUGGCCACGAACAGGACUGGUAGUGAAAUGCUGCAGGAGCUGCUGGGAUUCAGUCCUUUGAAACCUCUGUGUCGAGUAUUGUCUGCUCUGCGCCCCAAUUUGCGCGUUGUGGCCUGUCACCGGUGUGGGGUCCAUGUCUUACAAAGUGCCUUGCUGCAGCUGCCUCGGUUGCUGGGGAACCCUGCAGAAGCAGAGGAGGACGACGAGGACGAGGAGGAAAAAGUUGGGAAGGACGGUCCUUUGGAGACUCUGGAGGAGCUAGUCCUGGGACUAGCCGCCGAUGUGCGGGAUGAUUUUCUUUUCUACUGUGGAGACACGCAUGGCAGUUUCGUGGUCAGAACUCUGUUACAAGUGUUAGGAGGUACGCUUCUGGAGUCUGAGAGGGCCAGGCCCCGUGGUGGUUCCCAGCUAUCUGAUUCACAAAGGGCUGCAGCUUGGGAAUGUAAGCCAGCUGAUUCUGAGAUCCCUGAGACUUUCUUGAAUCGCCUUCAGGAUCUGAGCUUCUGCUUUCUGAAGGACAUUGCUGUGUUUAUCACUGACAAGAUCUCCAGCUUCUGUCUUCAAGUGGCCUUACAAGUCUUACACCGCAAACUGCCUCAGUUUUGUGCCCGUCUCUGCAGUGCGGUGAUUGGUUACCUGAAUACUCGGAAUUCCUCGGCAGAUGGCAGCCCUCUACUGCUGUUUCUUCGGGAUCAGACGAGCUCCAGGCUCUUGGAGCAGGUGCUGCUGGUAUUGGAGCCGCUGAGCCUCCAGCGCUUGUUUGAGGAUCACUUCCAGGGUCAGCUGCAUUCCUUGGCUGCACAUCCCAUUGCUAACUUCCCUUUGCAGCGCUUACUGAAUGCAGUCACUACUCCUGAGCUGCUGUCCCUUGUGUUUGAGGAGCUGAGCCCUGCCCUGGAAGCUGUACUGGCCCAGGGCCACACAGGGGUAGUUGUUGCUCUGGUGGAGGCCUGCCGUAGAGUUGGAACUCACCAAGCCCAGGUCUUGCAGCUGUUGCUGGAGGCAUUCCAUUGUGCAGAGCCCUCAUCCCGGCAGGUGGCCUGUGUGCCUCUCUUUGCCACUUUGAUGGCUUAUGAGGUAUACUAUGAAUUAACCGAGGAGGAGGGGGCAGUGCCUGCAGAACACCAGGUAGAAAUGGCCAUAGCCAGAACUCUGGGGGAAGUUACAGUACUUGGGUCUCUACUGCUCCAGCAUCUGCUGUACUUCUCCAACCCCGGUAUUGUACUUCGAAGUCUGAGUGCCUUGACAGGACCACAACUUUUGGCUCUAGCCCAAAGCCCUGCUGGCUCUCAUGUGCUCGAUGCCAUUCUGAGUAGCCCAUCUGUGACACAUAAGCAGCGUCGUCGUGUGCUGAAGACCCUAAAGGGACAGUAUGUGGCUCUCGCCUGUAGCCGCCAUGGUAGCCGUGUACUAGAUGCCAUCUGGAGUGGAGCAGCUUUGGGGGCCCGGAAGGAAAUUGCUGCUGAGUUGGGGGAACAGAACCAGGAGCUGAUAAAAGACCCUUUUGGCCACCAUGUGGCUCGAAAUGUGGCCCUGACUACCUUCUUGAAGCGGCGAGAGGCUUGGGAACAGCAGCAGAGUGCAGUGGCCAAGCGGAGGCGGGUGUUGAACUCAAUACUUGAAGACUGAGGCUUUGGGACCUGGAAAUGGGUGCUGAUGGAGAGGAUAAAAGGAAGUACUUAAUCUCAUUCCUUCCUGGUUUAAAUUGGAGUCAAAAAUCUUAUUGGAACCAGGUAUAGAAACAUAUAUCCUUGUAAUCCUAGCACUCAGCAGGCUAGGAGUAUCAAGAAUUCAAAGCCAACCUGGGCUACAGAGCCAGAUCCUAUUCAUCUCUCUGCCCUGAGCAUAUACCUAUCCCAAGAAUAUACUGAUAAAAUUUU